CAGAGCAGGUGGUGAGGACAGAGGUGAGCUCAAUUAAGCAAUGGCGGCGUGGUGGGAGGAGAUCGUGGCGGCGGUAUCGACGUCCGGGCCGGGAGGGAGCAGCGGCACCGUGGUGUCCAUCUGCGUCUUCACGGCGGUGCUGUGCCUCUGCCUCGUCGCCGGCCACCUCCUCGAGGAGAACAAAUGGGUCAACGAGUCCAUCACCGCGCUAAUCAUCGGUUGCAUUGUUGGGGCUUUCAUAUUUCUGCUGAGCAAAGGCAGGAACUCGCACAUCCUGCGGUUUGACGAGCAGCUCUUCUUCAUCUACGUUCUUCCGCCUAUAAUCUUCAACGCUGGGUUCCAGGUGAAGAAGAAGCAGUUCUUCCAUAAUUUCCUCACCAUUAUGUCAUUUGGGGUAGUCGGGGUUUUCAUCUCGGUUGCAAUUGUUUCCGCAGGUUGCCAUUGGCUCUUUCCAAAAGUUGGUUUUGGGAAACUUGACGCAGUGGAUUAUCUAGCACUGGGAACCAUAUUUUCUUCAACAGACACUGUGUGCACUCUGCAGGUCAUAAGUCAAGAUGAGACACCCAGGUUGUACAGCUUGGUAUUUGGUGAAGGAGUCGUCAAUGAUGCUACAUCAGUGGUCCUAUUCAAUGCUAUAAAGAACCUGGAUAUCAAUAGGCUCAAACGCGGGGUGGUUUUAAAAGUUAUCGCAGAUUUCCUAUAUCUGUUUGCAACUAGUACCAUCCUCGGAGCUACAAUUGGGCUAGCCACUGCUUAUGUUCUCAAAGCGCUGUAUUUUGGUAGGCACUCAACUGAUCGGGAAGUAGCCCUAAUGGCUCUCAUGGCUUAUUUAUCAUACAUGCUUGCAGAGUUGCUAAGUCUGAGUGGGAUUUUGACUGUGUUCUUUUGCGGCAUCGUCAUGUCCCAUUACGCAUGGCACAACGUAACGGAAAGCUCCCGAAUCACGACAAGGCACAUUUUUGCAACAUUAUCAUUCAUCGCUGAGACAUUUAUCUUCCUUUAUGUUGGAAUGGAUGCCCUUGAUAUUGAUAAGUGGAAGACAUCACAGGCAAGCUUCAAGACAUCAAUUGGCAUCUUUGGUAUCAUCAUUUCACUUGUUUUGCUGGGACGGGCCGCAUUUGUUUUUCCUCUAUCAAUUCUGUCAAAUUUCAUGAGUGGGAAUUCGGAAAAGGCACCGAUCACAUUCAAGCAUCAGGUUGUGAUUUGGUGGGCUGGGCUCAUGAGGGGCGCCGUUUCAAUUGCGCUGGCGUACAAUCAGUUCACCUUUUCAGGUGUAACACUCGACCCAGUUCAUGCAGCCGUCAUCACCACUACAAUUGUUGUAGUAUUUUUCACCACUCUGGUGUUUGGUUUCUUGACGAGGCCUCUGAUAAGCGCAAUGCUCCCACAACAGCGACACCGGGAGGGGACAGGAGGCCACAUCACGAGCAGCAACUCCCCAAAGGAUGAGUUUAUUCUGCCGUUUCUUUCAGAUGAAAACGCUCCAGGGAGUGAAAGUGGCAUCAACCAAGCCAAGAGAAGCAUAUCGAUGUUGCUAGAGAGACCCGUCCACAUGGUACAUAUCCACUGGAGGAAGUUCGAUGACAAGUUCAUGAGACCAAUAUUCGGUGGACCGCUGUCGUACUGACAGCUCUCAUGUGGAUGUGGUAGAAUAAUUAGCGCAUUACAACCCAAGUAUGGUCAAGUGCAGGGAGACAGUUUGCACUUUGCAGCAUAUCUCUGAAGUAUGCGUCUUUGUUAAUUAGCUA